GACAUAUCCAGCAAGAGGUCAACACGGAGGAAGAUGUCUGACGAAUUGGUGAAGCAGUUGAGCAAUUAUAAGGCUCAGCUGCAGCAGGUGGAAGCUGCGCUCUCUACAGAUCCAGAAAAUGAAGAUCUGCUUAAACUGCAGAAGGACCUCCAGGAGGUGAUUGAGUUGACAAAAGACCUGUUGACAUCACAGCCAGUGGAGGGUGUGGCCAGCGAGAAAAGCUCAGAGGCAGCCGUGCCCACUCACAACUGGAGAGUUGGAGACCGGUGUAUGGCUGCCUGGAAUCAGGAUGGACAGGUGUAUGAGGCAGAGAUUGAGGAGAUUGACGGCGAGAAUGGUACAGCAGCCAUCACCUUCUCUGGCUAUGGAAACGCAGAGGUGGUGCCACUUCAUGCACUCAAAGCCACAGAGGAGGGUGGGAGCAGGGAUGAGGAUGGAAAGCCUAAGUCUAAGAAAGAGCUCCUGGCUGAGCAGAGGGAAUACAAGAAGAAGAAGGCCCAGAAGAAAGUGCUGCGCAUGAAGGAGCUUGAACAGGAAAGAGAAGAUCAGAAAUCCAAAUGGCAGCAGUUUAACAAUAAAGCCUAUUCAAAGAAUAAAAAAGGACAGGUAAAGAGGAGUAUAUUUGCAUCUCCAGAAAGCGUGAACGGAAAGGUUGGUGUCGGCACAUGUGGGAUCGCUGAUAAACCCAUGACUCUGUACAACGACACUUCAAAGUAUAAUGUCAGGCAUCUAAUGCCCCAGUGAUUUGUCUUGUCUGUGUCCAUCUGAUACCACCCACCGAUAAACUAAACAGUAUCCCACUCAUAGCCAAAUUGUAAACAGUUUUGAUUGGACAUGAAAUUAUAUAGUAGCACAUUUCCAGAGUAGGAACCCCCCCCCCUAAAUUAUUAGUAAUAAUAAUUAUUAUUACCACCCACCGAUAAACUAAACAAUAUCCCACUCAUAGCCAAAUUAUAAACAGUUUUGAUUGGACAUGAAAUUAUAUAGUAGUACAUUUCCAGAUUAGGAACCCCCCCCCACACACACACACACACUGAGAUUUUGGAGCUGUUCUGUACUGACGAGUCUUUGGAUAUUCCUGUUAAGUCUCAUCAUUCUCCCAGCACUGACUCUCUGGACAUUCAGUUACUGAAGAUGGAGAAAUCUGUCCUGUAGUUUUUUUUUUAUGUGUUAAACACAUAAAACGUAUAUAUGAUUUUGAAGUCUGGGAAAACUGGUGUUGUGGAAUUUAUGCCGUUUUCUCUUGUGCUCUCUUCACCUCUAUGUGUAAUAUGCGCUCUGCUGCGGCCCAUUUUUGUGUCAAGUUACUUUUCAGUUUUGUAUAUUUACAUAUUUUAGAGGAAUAAACAUUGAUUUGU